AUGGGGGAUCAGGGUGCAGCAGGAAUGGGGGAUCAGGGUGCAGCAGGAAUGGGGGAUCAGGGUGCAGCAGGAAUGGGGGAUCAGGGUGCAGCAGGAAUGGGGGAUCAGGGUGCAGCAGGAAUGGGGGAUCAGGGUGCAGCAGGAAUGGGGGAUCAGGGUGCAGCAGGAAUGGGGGAUCAGGGUGCAGCAGGAAUGGGGGAUCAGGGUGCAGCAGGAAUGGGGGAUCAGGGUGCAGCAGGAAUGGGGGAUCAGGGUGCAGCAGGAAUGGGGGAUCAGGGUGCAGCAGGAAUGGGGGAUCAGGGUGCAGCAGGAAUGGGGGAUCAGGGUGCAGCAGGAAUGGGGGAUCAGGGUGCAGCAGGAAUGGGGGAUCAGGGUGCAGCAGGAAUGGGGGAUCAGGGUGCAGCAGGAAUGGGGGAUCAGGGUGCAGCAGGAAUGGGGGAUCAGGGUGCAGCAGGAAUGGGGGAUCAGGGUGCAGCAGGAAUGGGGGAUCAGGGUGCAGCAGGAAUGGGGGAUCAGGGUGCAGCAGGAAUGGGGGAUCAGGGUGCAGCAGGAAUGGGGGAUCAGGGUGCAGCAGGAAUGGGGGAUCAGGGUGCGGCAGGAAUGGGGGAUCAGGGUGCAGCAGGAAUGGGGGAUCAGGGUGCAGCAGGAAUGGGGGAUCAGGGUGCAGCAGGAAUGGGGGAUCAGGGUGCAGCAGGAAUGGGGGAUCAGGGUGCAGCAGGAAUGGGGGAUCAGGGUGCAGCAGGAAUGGGGGAUCAGGGUGCAGCAGGAAUGGGGGAUCAGGGUGCAGCAGGAAUGGGGGAUCAGGGUGCAGCAGGAAUGGGGGAUCAGGGUGCAGCAGGAAUGGGGGAUCAGGGUGCAGCAGGAAUGGGGGAUCAGGGUGCAGCAGGAAUGGGGGAUCAGGGUGCAGCAGGAAUGGGGGAUCAGGGUGCAGCAGGAAUGGGGGAUCAGGGUGCAGCAGGAAUGGGGGAUCAGGGUGCAGCAGGAAUGGGGGAUCAGGGUGCAGCAGGAAUGGGGGAUCAGGGUGCAGCAGGAAUGGGGGAUCAGGGUGCAGCAGGAAUGGGGGAUCAGGGUGCAGCAGGAAUGGGGGAUCAGGGUGCAGCAGGAAUGGGGGAUCAGGGUGCAGCAGGAAUGGGGGAUCAGGGUGCAGCAGGAAUGGGGGAUCAGGGUGCAGCAGGAAUGGGGGAUCAGGGUGCAGCAGGAAUGGGGGAUCAGGGUGCAGCAGGAAUGGGGGAUCAGGGUGCAGCAGGAAUGGGGGAUCAGGGUGCAGCAGGAAUGGGGGAUCAGGGUGCAGCAGGAAUGGGGGAUCAGGGUGCAGCAGGAAUGGGGGAUCAGGGUGCAGCAGGAAUGGGGGAUCAGGGUGCAGCAGGAAUGGGGAUCAGGGGUGCAGCAGGAAUGGGGGAUCAGGGUGCAGCAGGAAUGGGGGAUCAGGGUGCAGCAGGAAUGGGGGAUCAGGGUGCAGCAGGAAUGGGGGAUCAGGGUGCAGCAGGAAUGGGGGAUCAGGGUGCAGCAGGAAUGGGGGAUCAGGGUGCAGCAGGAAUGGGGGAUCAGGGUGCAGCAGGAAUGGGGGAUCAGGGUGCAGCAGGAAUGGGGGAUCAGGGUGCAGCAGGAAUGGGGGAUCAGGGUGCAGCAGGAAUGGGGGAUCAGGGUGCAGCAGGAAUGGGGGAUCAGGGUGCAGCAGGAAUGGGGGAUCAGGGUGCAGCAGGAAUGGGGGAUCAGGGUGCAGCAGGAAUGGGGGAUCAGGGUGCAGCAGGAAUGGGGGAUCAGGGUGCAGCAGGAAUGGGGGAUCAGGGUGCAGCAGGAAUGGGGGAUCAGGGUGCAGCAGGAAUGGGGGAUCAGGGUGCAGCAGGAAUGGGGGAUCAGGGUGCAGCAGGAAUGGGGGAUCAGGGUGCAGCAGGAAUGGGGGAUCAGGGUGCAGCAGGAAUGGGGGAUCAGGGUGCAGCAGGAAUGGGGGAUCAGGGUGCAGCAGGAAUGGGGGAUCAGGGUGCAGCAGGAAUGGGGGAUCAGGGUGCAGCAGGAAUGGGGGAUCAGGGUGCAGCAGGAAUGGGGGAUCAGGGUGCAGCAGGAAUGGGGGAUCAGGGUGCAGCAGGAAUGGGGGAUCAGGGUGCAGCAGGAAUGGGGAUCAGGGUGCAGCAGGAAUGGGGGAUCAGGGUGCAGCAGGAAUGGGGGAUCAGGGUGCAGCAGGAAUGGGGGAUCAGGGUGCAGCAGGAAUGGGGGAUCAGGGUGCAGCAAGAAUGGGGGAUCAGGGUGCAGCAGGAAUGGGGGAUCAGGGGAUACAAGUUGGAGGAGGACGGGGAGAGGGAGGUGGACGAGGACGACCCGGCAGUCGACGAAUACAAGGACCAGGAAGCGAUGGACGAAGAGGAGAAGGAGAGCGAGGAUGAUGGGGAUGCGUGA